UCCGUGUUUUUUGAAUUUCUUCAGGUGUUUAAUUCCAUCACCAUUAAUCUCUCUCUCUCUCUCUCUCUCUCCCGAAUGCUUCUUCUUCUUCUUCUACAGUGACGUUUGUUUUGGCCAAGCUUCAGAACACCUUCUCCUCCUCCAAAUUGCUUCGAGAGUUCCGAGAGAGAGAGAUGAGCGGCGGCGGCGCUGGACUUGAAUUGGAGGACGCGAUUUCAAAGAUCAAAUUCUCGCCAGAGUCAAACAAUCUCCUCAUCGCUUCUUGGGAUUCCUAUCUGAGAUUGUAUAAUGUAGAGACCUCUUCCCUAAUCUUAAAACUAUACUCUCGUGCUCCUCUUCUCGACUGCUGUUUUGAGAACGAAUCAACUUCAUACACCUCUGACUCCAAUGGAUUCAUCCAAAGGUGCGAUUUAAACGCUGGAACAGUUGAUACCAUUGGUAGACAUGACGACAUUGCUACAUCUGUUCUCUUCUCUUUUGAUAAAGGUGAAGUUAUCUCUACUGGCUUGGAUGAGAAGAUCAGAUUCUGGGAUACACGACGACAACGAGGACAAAGUCGUGUUCUUUCUACUGAUGCUGCUGCUGCUGCAGUCAGAUGCAUCACUGUUAAUGGAAACAACUUGGUGGUUUGCGUUGACGACGCAUCUAUGCAUUUAUAUGAUCUGCGCAGCUUAGAUCGACCUUUUCAGUCUUGUGAAUCACAAGUUGAGGUGCCUAUCAGAUGCGUCACCUCUGUUCCUUUCUCCACUGCAGGAUAUGCAGUUGGCUCAGUAGAUGGACAAGUGGCCUUGGAGUUCCCCAAUACAGCUUGCUCUAGUGAGAUGAAAUACACUUUCCGAUGUCAUCCAAAGUCUAUGAAAGGAAGACUCGAUGGUGCAUGCAUAAAUGCUAUUGAAUUCACUCCAGGUGGUUCAGGGACUUUUGUGACUGGUGAUAAUGAAGGCUACGUUAUCUCAUGGAAUGCUAAAAGCAGAAGAAGACUCUUUGAGUUACCAAGGUACUCAAAUAGUGUCGCGUCUUUGGCAUUUAACCACACUGGAGAACUCUUGGCGGUUGCAUCAAGCCACACUUACCAAGAAGCUAAAGAGAAGGAAGAACCUCCCCAAGUGUUCAUACACAAGUUUUAAAGGAUUGGUAGCUUCUUAAGUCUCAGGUUAAUCAAAGCAUGACUCUCUCUCUUUGUUCUAGCUAUUUUGUUUUGACUGUGUGUGUGUCUAGCACGUUGUUAACCAUGGCAAGUAGAUUAUAUAGUAUUUAGAAGUUGCUCGACUUGUGUGGUAUGGUAUGUUGAGCUUCCAAAUGUAAGAAUCGUAUCUCUUUUAAGUUUCUUAGGUUUGUAAACGUUCAUGUUGUGUUAUUCAAUUAAUGCUCAUCAAAGUUUUGCAA